AGUUGAAAGACAUUUAUUUAAAUGUGUAAGCUAAGCUGUUUGUUUUGUUGAAACAUUUAAAUUGGUUAUUUAAUUAAGUUCACGAAUCCAGGUGACGGUGCGGAGGAUUUUUUCCAGGAUGAAUAGUCAGUUUAGUGUUGUUAUGGUGAUGUGGAGUUUGCACUACGUCUUCAUUGCCCAUGGGCAGUCACUGCCUGCGGUUUGAAUCCUGCUUCCUGAUCAGGCCCGGGGUGCCACGGAGGGCAGAUUUGGGGGACUGCCCAUCGAAGCAGGAGAUGCAGAACUCUCUUCGCCAGCUGGACAAGUUGCUGUCAGCCCAGGAGGCCUCCUACCUGCAGAACCUUCGUUCCUUGAGGAAGAGACUGAGUGCCCUGCAGAACAGCAGUACCUUAAUUGCCAGGCAUGACACCCAGGCUCACAACGCCACCUGCCCUAAGCCUGAGGUCUUGGCCAAUGGCAGGAGGCUGGGCAGGGUGUUUGGUGUGGGGCACGAGGUGCACUUUGUGUGCAAAGCUGGCUACGAGCUGAUGGGGCCCCAGACCAGAGUAUGCCUGGCGUCUCGGAAGUGGAGCGGAAAGCAUCCCACAUGCAGGGUCUUUAACACUUUGAUCAACACCCCAGCUGCCAUACCUACGCCCUCCUACCUCUCCUCCAUGUCAUCCUCCACCUCCCUCUCCAUGUCAUCCUCCACCUCCAGCCCCUCCUCCCAAUCCUCUACAUCCUCUACAUCCUCCCCAUCCUCCGCCCCGCUCUCUGAUUUCGUCCGUCCGUCCCGAUGCACGCAGUUCCAGGGCUCCUCCCACUGCACCUGUGACCCCGGUUUCACCAUAAGUAGCCGCGACAAUAACGUCUGCACAGACAUGGAUGAGUGUCAGCUGUUCCCGCUGGCCCAGCCUGGGCGCCUGUGUAUGCACGCCUGUGUCAACACCCCGGGCAGCUACAGCUGUGUAUGUCCCCGUGGCUACAACCUGACCAGAGACAACCGCAGCUGCAAAGAUCUUGAUGAGUGUGAGAAUGGACAUCACAACUGCACCCAGGAGCAGGAGUGUGUAAACACGUAUGGAGGAUUCCAGUGUGUGCAUGUGGAGUGUCCUCCCAUCCAAAAUGCCACGUACAUAAAGACGUCCUCUAUGCGCUGUGAGAGGAACCCAUGCGUGGUGGGGGACUUAGCCUGCUCCCAGGCUCCCAACUCAGUCUCGUUCCAGUUCCUGCCCGUGGUCUCCAACAUGCCCGCCCCACGGGUGCUCUUCCGGGUGUCCGCAGCCCGAGUGCUGGGCGACACGUUGCGCUUCGGCCUCCUGGGAAGCACAGGCCGCCGACACUUCAGCAUGCAACGCUCUGGAAGACAGACAGGCACCCUGCUCCUGGUGAACUCAAUCCAUGGCCCUGCUACGCUGGAAGCCGAGAUAGAAAUGAGCGAACUGGAGAGAAGAGCUGUGCUGGGUCGCUACCUUACCAAGAGCCUGAAAAUCUUCAUUGUGCUUGGGCGGGAUAGAGCAUAUUGAAGGCCAGGGCAGGUAGGAUUAAGCAGGGGCCAAGCAGUGUUGUUGCAAGCUGAUGAGUGUUCGCUUAAAUUGUUCCAUCAUCUAAUCAUGUUGUGGGUGAUCUGGCACGGUCCUUGUUCUUAGCUUUUUUAACUAAUAACUGCCAUGUUUCUAUGUCCGGAAGAACCUUCAAAAUAAAAUAU